GUGAGCUGCAGUGCUCCUUCCCCCUCCUCCACAGCUGCCCUCCCCCCUCUUUUGUGAGGGCUGCAGAUAAGAGACAGAAGGGAUAGGACUGGCAGGCGAUCAGUACUAUUUCACUGCACCACACGGAGGUGAGAAGAGGAGGAAGAGCGGGCAGACACGGAGCAUGCACGGACGUGUGCUAGCACAAAGGAUGCUUAUGGCAAUGACAGCACGUCUAGAUCUGUAGGGGAUUGAACAGACGGCAUCUGAACGAUCCUGGCAGGGGGAGCGAUGCAAAGCACCAGCCCUGACAGACUGACUCCACUGACGGUGUAAUUGUUCCCCUCCUCCCCAGUUAAGAGGAUUAUGUGUCACCUCUGAUGGUGUGCUGGGUACUGCCAUGCCAGCUGUGAUCUGAGGGGCACCCGGUGAUCGUGCAGAGAGAGGAAUCUGAGGCACCGUCUCCUCGUUCAGUUAUUGCCAGCCUCACAUUGUACAUAGGAGAGACCUUGGAAAAUGGCCACACUGCUGCGGAAAAUAGGACUGAUACGUCUUCACGACAGAGAUACUGAGGACCCCAAGCAUCAUCAUCAUCAUCAUCACCGCAGCCAGCAGGGAUCACUGAAGAAGGGCAAGAACAGCAGCAACAAACAGCAAGGAGGCUCAGCAGGAGGGGGCAGCGGGGGCAGCAGCGGAGGGGGCAGCGGGGGGUGCUGCAGUAACACCACGGAGGGCAUACUCACCCAGGCCGAUAUCAAGGGCAAAAAGAACGAGCAGUGCCAUAAGGACAAGCACGGGACCGCCGGGGGCAAGGAGAAGAACAGUGCCAAAGAAACCAGCACCCCCACUAUUACAAAGGAAUCCAAACAGCAAGGUGGUGGCUGCAGUGCAGGUGGGGGCAACAAGCAAACCGGGGGCUCCUCACUGCAGCCCCUCCUGCCCCCCAACAGGCAGCACUGCACCCAGGUGAGGAGCAGGCGGCUGAUGAAGGAACUCCAAGACAUCCGCAAACUGAGCGACCACUUCAUCUCGGUGGAGCUGGUGGAUGACAGUCUCUUUGACUGGAAUGUCAAGCUGCACCAGGUGGACAAGGACUCCACCCUGUGGCAGGACAUGAAGGAGACCAACACAGAGUACAUCUUGCUCAACCUUACCUUCCCGGACAACUUUCCUUUCUCCCCACCUUUCAUGAGGGUGCUGAGCCCCAGGUUGGAGAAUGGCUAUGUGCUGGAUGGUGGAGCUAUAUGCAUGGAGCUUCUAACUCCCAGGGGAUGGUCCAGUGCCUACACGGUUGAAGCAGUCAUGAGACAGUUUGCAGCCAGCCUAGUUAAAGGGCAGGGUCGUAUUUGCAGGAAAGCUGGAAAAUCUAAAAAAGCCUUUAGCCGCAAAGAGGCAGAAGCAACAUUUAAGAGUUUGGUGAAGACUCAUGAGAAGUACGGAUGGGUUACUCCACCAGUGUCUGAUGGUUGACAUAGACCACCCUGAUGAAUAGACUUCAAGAAAAAGGGGAAGGAAAUCGCUUCACUGAGAGAAAAAAUUAUAUAUAUUUAAGAAAAAAGUCACUAUGCCAUCUCCUCAGUGCUGUACACCAUACAUCAUCCAUCUGUCUUUUUCUACUUCAACUUCAGUUUAUGAAUGUGAUUGACAGGAAGACUUAAUUUAUGUUCAGAAGUGUUUACACUGGAAGAAAUGGAAGAAGAAAAGUACAUGGCACAGAAUGUUGUAUUGCAGUCAUGUUUCAAGACUAAGGAUUGAGCAUCUUCAGGUCACUGUAGAGAGAAAGUUUGAGGUUGCUUCAUUAUCCAUCCUAGACGCAUGGUUUUCGGCUUCUUCCAUUGACAGCAGAGCCAAAAAGCAACAGUGAAAGUUCUAGCCACUGCUGCUCGAUUUAUGUAAAUGUACAUGAAGCCGUUAAUAUUUAAUAGGCAAGCGGUGCAUUGCAGGUACAUGUUUGCUGUGCUGUUUAUCUUUGUCUAUUUUCCUGGCAGGUCAACACAACAUUGAAGAUUUGUCUUUAUGUGGAGCUGUGGUCCGCUGUGACUCAAAUUUUAGACCUCAUUUGUGUUCGAUGUGAUCUGUGUUGGAUAACUGACGAAAUAUAACAGUGGAAAAAAUAAUAAAGAGUUAUAGUGUGGAACUAUUGUAAAAUAAAAUCAUUUCA